AAUUAACUUAUCUUACGAUUUGUUUGUUUAGUAUUAUUAUUAUUAUAGGUAUAUAUGAUAUCAUAAAAUGUAUGAAUGAGUUGUACUUUUAAGUGAUUGUUAAGUUUUGUCACUUGUUGUCGAUGUUGAUGAAGCCAUAGAUUAUUGGAUCAAUUGAUGGCCUACAAGAAACGUCUAGUCAUUUCUCUCAUAUGUUUUAAUUUUUGUGAUGCGAUCUUUGAUAGCAAUAAAAUAUCAAUACUUUUUAAGUGAUAAAUCAAUUGAUUGGUUGAUCUCAAGAGAUGGCCGAAACCGAUGGCAACUAUUUCUGUGGACCACUAUUUCCGACGCCUUUUACAGCAUUCAUAUUCAUAGCAUAUAUGAUUGCUUUCGUCAAUCAGGGGAUUCUGGUGACGGCCACCAAAACAAGUGAUAAUAAAUACAAUUACAGUACAAUAGUUGUUGUAUUAUUGACAGAGUGUCUUAAGCUUAUCAUAUCGACGGCAAUGUAUAUCAAAGACAAGCCAUUGCGAGACCUGUUACCCGAUAUAGUGAGCGGUCGUAAAGUUUUACUUUUAUAUCUGGUUCCAGCUUUUCUCUACUGUCUCUACAAUAACCUUGCAUUCAUAAACCUGGCCUCAUAUGAUCCGACCACUUACUAUCUGUUGCUACAGUUGCGAGUGGCCGUCACGGCAGUCAUCUAUCAGUUUCUAUUCAAGCGAAGAUUGACACGAUAUCAAUGGUUUUCAUUGAUACUACUGACUAUGGGAUGUAUUGUUAAACAAUUGGGCGGUUUUAGCAAUAAAUUKACUGAAAAUCAGUCUUUGGUCACAAUAAACCUCUUAUUAAUAUUACUUCAAGUAUUUUGUUCGUGUUUUGCCGGCGUUUACAAUGAAUAUCUUCUCAAAGAUGUCGGAUCUAAAGUGCAUCUUAUGAUACAAAAUAUUUUUAUGUAUAUCGACUCAAUCGUCUGCAAUCUGGCCUUAAUAGUACUAACCGGCGAAUUAAGUCGAUUGUCGGAACUGUCCGAAAGUAUUACUAUAUUAAGUGAUCCAAAGAUCAUUGCCGUUAUGGUUAACAAUGCUUUAUGUGGUAUUAUUACCAGUUUUUUCCUUAAGAACUUAAACUCGAUUCUUAAGACAUUUGCGGCAGCUUUAGAGCUGGUCUUUACAGCUAUACUUUGUUUAAUCAUAUUUAAGAUACCGAUUGACAUCUACACUAUCAUAGCCAUUGCCAUUGUCUCGUACGCAACAUAUUUAUAUUCAAGAAGUCCCGUUCAAAACACAUCCAAUGUUGAUAAACAACAGCACAAUGAAGACAAUCAAAGACACGUCCAGUAUUCACUUCUUAAAGAGGAUUAUAAUAAAAAUGAUGAG